AUGACGCAGGCGUCCAGGAGCCGCAGGGCCCACCGGCCGCCCUCGCCCGGCCGCAUAGCCGUGGUGGUGGAUCACGGCUCGGGCUUCACCAAGGCGGGCUUCGCGGGCGAGGGCCACCCGCGCGUCGUGCUCAAGAGCUCCAGCCUGGUGCCCAGCUGGGACCGGCCGGUGCGGCCCGGCGCCCCGGGCUGCGAGCUGGCGGGCGGGGUGGCGCGCGCGCACCCCAUCAAGCACGGCGUGGUCGUGGACUGGGAGGCGCUGGAAGGGCUGUGGGAGCGCCUGCUGGUGGGCCGACUGCGCGUGUGCCCCGAGCAGUGGCCCGUGCUGGUGAGCGAGUCGCCGUCGGCGCCGCCCGCGGGCCGCGAGAGGGCAGCCGAGCUGCUGUUCGAGGCCCUGGCGGUGCCCGCGUGCCACGUGGCCAGCACGGCGCUGCUGGCGCUCUGCUCGGCCGGCGCGCUCAGCGGGCUGGCGGUGGAGGCGGGCGCGGGCGUGUGCCACGCCACGCCCAUCUACGCGGGCCACUCGUGGCACGAGGCCACCUUCCGGCUGGACGUGGCAGGCAGCACGCUGUCGCGCUACCUGCGGGACAUGCUGGUGGCGGCCAGCCCGGACCUGCAGCCGCGGGCGCUGCCCCGCAAGGCGGUCACACAGCUCAAGAAGCGCUGCUGCUACGUGUCGCUGGACUUCGAGGCCGACCUCCGGGACCCGGGCCGCCAGCGGCCGGCCAGCGUCUGCGUGGGCGACGGGCGCUCCCUCAGCCUGGGCAGCGAGCGCUUCCGCUGCCCCGAGCCCAUCUUCCAGCCGUGCCUGCUGGGCCAGACGGCGCCGGGACUGCCCACGCUGGCCUUCCGGGCCCUGCAGAAGGUGCCCGCCUCGCUGCGCACGCGGCUGGCCCGCACGGUGGUCCUGGCUGGCGGCUCCACGCUGUUCCCCGGCUUCCCCGAGCGCCUGGACGCGGAGCUGGAGGCGCAGUGCCGGCGACACGGCUACGCAGCCCUGAGGCCCCGCCCGGUGGCCAGGCCUGGCCGGGGCACCGCGGUGUGGACAGGCGGCUCCAUGGUGGCCUCCCUGCACUCGUUCCGACGCCGCUGGAUGACCCGGGCCAUGUACCAGGAGUGUGGCCCCAGGCUGGUGCACGAAGUGUUCGACUGA